CUGGUAGUGGUCUGAGUGCAAGUACGAAAUUCAAUACAAAGUGUAGGCGGUUGUUUGGCAACACCCUCUGACCCAAAUAACGUUUACUACCCGAAAUGCCGCGCUAUGCCCUGAACCACUGAUCCAGUCAAUCUACGCGCUCGAGCUGGUGACACAAUGACAGUACAAGGCAUAACAGCAACGACGAACACAAACAUCACAGGUGCUACUCACAAUUCUCCGCCCAGUAUUAUGCCACCAGAGCUCGAGCAGACGCUCGCUCUUCUAUCAUCACAUCGUUCCGUCCUCGGAUACCUGCUGCUCUCGCGUGGGGACCAUGUUAGUAUCAUACGCCAUUCAGGCGUUGUCUUCGAGGGAGAACAAGGGAAGAAGUAUGCGAGCGUCAUAGGCAAGAUGGUUGAGAGCGUGCAGGCAGGCUUGGAGGAAGUGGGCGGGUCAGAAAAUGAUGGAGACCAGAUUCGCUUCAUGAGAAUACGGACCAAACGGCAUGAAAUCAUGAUUUCACCUGAUGAAAGAUAUCUGCUCGCGGUAUUACAUGAUCCCGCUUCGUGAAUUUACCCUAUCAUAUCUCUUACAUCUUUGUGUUUAUCUUAUGACUGUAUCGGUAGGAUCUCUUGGUAAUGCAGGCUUUUGAAACCGAUAUAAU